GGGAACCGGAGCGCCCACGGAGUGAUAGAGCGCAGCCGAACCCGAAGCAUCUGGGUGGAGAGCGGAGCUUCCCAUGCCUGCUUCUCGGGGCAGAGCUGUGGAGCCAGAGCCUGGCGCGGGAUUCCGCUCUGAGCUGGGGUCGAGGGUGAGGUUGGUGAGGGGGUCCCCGUCGGCUCUGCGCAGCCCCGGGUCCGGGCAGCGCUGCAGGGCUGCUCUCAGCACGUCUCCCCUUCCAGUCUCCCUGCUCUGGCUGCUUCCUCUGCUCAGGGAAGCGGAGCAGCGCGGCGGAAGCCAAUGCUUCCCUCCUGCCAGGCUCCACGAGGAAUAGUGGGGGGGGCUGGGAGCUGCGGGGCUGAAUCGCUGCCCAGAGGGGCUGUGGGGCUGGGUGCAGCCGAGCUCACUGCAGUCCUUCUCUGCCCUGCAUUGGGGUUUGCAGCGUGGUCUCGUUGCUGCCGGCGUGCUUUGACCGUGAAGGGCUGCGGACAGCCCUGGUGCCCCCAUUGCAGCAGAUCCUGGCUCUCAAGGGAUACCUUCAGCAGCACCUCCAGGGCAGGGGUAGGGAGGCAGGGCUGGAGGUAGGCCUGCUGGGCACUGGAGCUGGUGCCAAGGGCACAGCAGCAGAAGAAGCCUUCUGGGACUUCCUGCGUCCCACGGGCUGCGCUGGCUCCGGAGGUUGAGUCUGGCAUGUGUGGCUGUGACGCCAGGUCCCUGGGGAGCCCUUUUCCCGCCCUGUGGCUGUGGGGUCCCCAUCAGCCUGUGGUGUGGCUGCCUCUUCCUGGGAGCGUGGGAGCAGCUGGCCUGGCCGUGGCGGCUCCUCUGGUUAUUUAUAACCCUGAGAAGGAGCCGUCCUGCGGGUUGUGAGAGGUGCUGGGCACCAUCCCAUGGCACAGCCAUGCAGGAGUGCACAGAGCCCUCCUCGCCCGAGGGGUGGCACAGCUCUGGGUGACACCAUCCCUGUGCACACGGUGCUUCUGCUCAUGGCGGGUGCCCUUAACGCCACAGAUCAGUGGUGCUCGAUCCUGCCCUGGCGUGGCAAUACCUGGGGCAGCUCCUGCUCCCCGUCCCCACUGCUAAUUUUAGCAGUUGUCUCUUUUUCUUGGCAUUCUGCAGUGUGCUCUGACUUAGUUGUGUCUUCCCCCAUCAGGUUGCAGCUGGCAGCAGUGCCUGUGCACCUCCUGGGGCCAUCCUGCCUGUGCCACCACAUCCCUGCUCCCUGCCCGGCGUGGUGCCGGCCAGUACCGGGACACUGCCUCGUGUCCCAGCAUGUGCGUGGGGCAGUCACGUGAGUGGCUCCAUCGACAUGGAGUCGUGUCACACAAGGAGGAACCAUCCCCAUCCCGCUGCAGGGCCAGGGACUUCCCUGCUCAGCGUCCCACUGCCGCGGGCAGGAAGUCAGCGGCCCCAUUACAAUGGGACUUUGUGCCGUAAGCGUAUUACUCAGCACUGACCUUGUGCAAUUCUGCACGGUAUUCAGCCUGCUGGGGUGAGCUGAGGAUACGCGGCCAGCGCACCCGCAGCUGCCCUGAGGGGUGCCCUAGCUGCAGCCAUGCGUGCUCCUGGGGUAUGAGCCCAUCCCUCUGGAUCCAGAGACGUGCAGCCAUUGUGGGGAGCUGGAUUGGGGGUGCUGGGCAGUGACCGGGGAGUGAGACAUCUCUUCUUCUUCUGCAGGCAUCCCUGGAGGUGAGCCUGAGUCAGCCCACGCGCACCAGCAGUGGCUCGGAGCGGUCCCUGCUGGUGUCGGAGGAGAUGCGCAGUCUCAUUGUGGAGAAGGGGCCGGGGCCAGUGGAGGAGGACCCCGAUGCUCUUGUGAAAGGCUGGCUGCAACGGGAGGUGCGGGGCGGUGUGAAGACACCCUGGCUCCGGCCUCGCAAGUACUGGUUCGUGCUGACGCCCGACUCCCUGGACUACUACAGCAGCAAUGAAAGGGGGGCCAAGCGUCUGGGUUCCCUGGUGCUCACCAGCCUCUGUUCUGUGGUGUGGCCAGACAAGCAGACCUACAAGGAGACGGGGUUCUGGAGCAUGACAGUGUUUGGCAGGAAGCACUGCUACCGCCUGUACACCGAGCACUUGCACGAGGCCGUGCGCUGGGUGUGCGCUGUGCAGAAGGUGAUCGACAGCAAAGCGCCCGUGCAGACGCCCACACAGCUGCUCAUGCGCGAUGUGGAGGAGCACUGUGGCAGCCCCGAGGUGCUGGAGCAGAUCUACCGCUGCAACCCCAUUCUGCGCUACACCAGCAGCCCCCUCUACGCACCCCUGCUGCCUUUCCCCUACGGCAGCCUGGACCAAAGCGCUCCUGGUCCUCACAGCUACACCACGCUGCGCGACGAGGCCGUGAAGCUGUUUAACUCUCUGCAGCAGCUGGAGUCGCAGCAGGACCCAGUGCCGCUGAUCCAGGGCAUCCUGCAGACCUGCCUGGACCUGCCGCCGCUGGUGGAUGAGAUUUACUGCCAGCUAGUGAAGCAGACCACGGAGCCACCGGCGCCGGGCGGGCCGGGCGACUUGCACUACUGGCAGCUGCUCACCUGCAUGAGCUGCACGUUCCUGCCCUCCCCGCCCGUCCUGCGCUUCCUGCACUUCCACUUGGACAGGACGGAGAGCCGCUUCCCCGCCUCGGAGAUGGCCAAGUACGCCCGCUUCAUCCAGGAGGCGCUGGGAAAGACGCGGGGCCGGGAGUGCGUGCCGUCCCUGGAGGAGAUCCUGGUGCUGAUGCGGCGACAGGAGAUGGUGUGCACCGUGCACUGCCCGGGGGUGGCCGCCUGCAGC